AUGAUGGUCUCUCGGCCCGUGCCUAUUGCUCCGGCGACAGUCGUCAGUUCUAUUCCAUCAACCUCCAGAACUAGCUUGAUGCCUAGCUCGGAUUUGGCUUCAUCAUCCAAUGCUCAGCUUUUACAACAUGCUGAAGCUUCAUCCUCCACAUCCUCGCUGGUAUCAGCUUUAUCAGCAGCUGCUGCAGCUGCUGCCGCUGCCGCUUCUACCUCAUCAGCUUCUGGAUCUUCCAACGCAGAAGUGUAUUCCAAUGCAGCUUCUGCUGCUGCAGCAGCUCUGUUCGCCCAACAGUCAGUUGCGGCCGCCGCAGCCGCUGCUGCAGCUUCUGGUUCACCGUUGAGCCCCAUGUUACGUAUGGUAGCAAUUCUCAAUCCGGCGAACCAACAUGCACUUCACAAUGGCUUAAAUGGAAGCUUAUUCAGUUCACCUCCAUCGAACAGUAACAGCUUAUCAUCAGCCUUCUCACCAAGCUCUUCAAAUUUCGGAUGCCAACAGGCAACUUCCGGAUCCGCCGUAGCUGCCGCCGCUGCAGCCGCUGCGGCUGCUGCUGCUGCCUAUCACAACUCAUCAACGCAGCAUCAAUCAGCAUUUGUUCAUCAUCAAACAUUGCCUGGAUCAACUCACGCACCAGUCACCCAAAAUAAUGAUUUGCUUCUAAUGCAGAAGCCUCAACUAUCAUGUGCAUCUUCAAUGGCAUCCUCUAAUCAACCCUCUUCCUCCAUAUCAGCAACAACUCAUUAUCAAUCAGCUUUCCGUCCGAUUGUGCCAUCAUCAGACAGCUUUUUUCUGUCAGCCAUUCAUUCAUUCGUCCUCAAUUCGCCAAACGAAGAUUCUUCAUCUGAAUCAGGCGGACAAUUAUCUGACAAAUGUGGCAGUACAGAAGAUGGCUCGAACACGGGAACCGCCUUGAUGUGUCAAGUAUGCUCAGAUCGUGCCAGUGGAUUUCAUUAUGGUGUUUUUGCCUGCGAAGGCUGUAAGGGUUUUUUCCGACGAAGUAUUCAGCAGAAGAUUCAAUAUCGGCCAUGUACACGUGCCCAGGAAUGCCUGAUCGUCCGAAACAAUCGCAAUCGCUGUCAAUAUUGUCGUCUGAAAAAAUGUAUUUCCGUUGGAAUGAGUCGAGACGCUGUCCGAUUUGGUCGAGUUCCUAAACGGGAAAAAGCAAAAAUGGUAGAAGAAAUGCAACGGACCUCUGCUCAGUCUCAGUUAGAUGCAAUGGCUGUUCAGUUUGAGAACGAGAACGAAGCUAUUGAUCGAAUUCAAGCAGCAUUCCAACACUUGGUCCAGCAGCUCGAUGUGAUUGCUGUUGGAUUGCCAGGUAAAUGCCCUCUUCAGUUUUCGUCAUACCUCGUUGCCAUCAAGCUAGUCGUGGAUUUUGGUAAUGCGAUUCCCGGUUUCUUAUGCUUAUCUCAAACGGAAAGAAUACAAAUCUUAAAGAGCUGUGUUUUUGAUGUACUACUGGUGGCAUAUGCACAUCGAGCAGACUGUCUUCCAGCUUUUCUUUCUCACAGCCCUUUUCUUGUACAAUCAAUAUCAGCAUUCAGUCAACGAUUGCGCGGCUUUCCACCAAGUGCUUUGGCUCUUCUAGCUGCCAUUUUCGUUGCCCAACCAAACAAUCAAAGUUUGGAUCAAUUAUAUCACACGAAUUCGAAUGGAACAAAUGCUGUAGUGAAUUCAUCGUCACCGUUAAUCAAUCUUCUUUCUGAGAGAGUUUGGUUACUACUGGCCCGCAUUAUCGGCCCUUUGACAUUAACGAUGGCUCCAAGUUUGUUAGCUGAUGCUCGAACUCUCAGAGGAUGGCAUAAUGAGUAUCUAAGACCUGCUCCACCCGCAGCCCCGUUAACACCUCUCUCAUUACCCUCCCCACCAACUCCCACAGGAUCCACAGCCCCUGUCGGCAAUCCAGCUUCCAAUCAUAUCUUAACUCACCAUCUUCCUCUUAAUGGACAACAAAAUCAUUUCCUCAUUCACAAUUUACCGUCAUCUGACGCGGUAAAUGUGCAGUUGCAAACAUCGCUUUUGCUCACUGAUGAUAUAAAGCCAAGUGUGUGUCCCAUAACCGCAGUUACAAAUCUGUACAACAAUAGAGGAAACACUAGGAAUACUGUUAGCUCUGGAGGAGAACUUGUUGAUGCUGAAGCAAAGAAGUCAUUCCGUGAACGGCACUCUUCUAUUGCGAGUUUGUUAGAAAAGCCCGUAAUGCCACUACUGUCCCCUUCAACAUCUUCGAGUCGAUCUGAACCGCAUAACAGGAGACAUCCUAGCAUCUCUUUGGAUGAUGUUGUGUUGUCGUCAGCUUCCCCUUCCCCACCACCUCCAUCUUCGUCGAUUUCGUUGUGCUCUUCGGGGGCUUCAACACCACCCCCAGCUGUAAACCAACAUCAUCCGUCAGUGCACCAGCCUUCAGCUGUUACCUCAUGUGAUUCAUGCAGAAGUACUUGA